AUGAUUAAGGAUUACAUUCGAUGGCGAGACGGUCUCACCGAAGCUGAUCGUCUUGAUCGCCAGAUUGCCCGAAUCCUCGGCCAUUCUGUGCCUCCUCCAGCUCCUCCCGUUAAUCGAGCUGAUACAUUGGGUAACAACACUACUAACAGCCCUAUCAAUAUUGUCGCAUCCGCCUCUGCUGCUCAUUGUAGUGGGAAUAAUAACAACAAUAACAAACAUAAGAGUAGCGGCCACAACAACUUCAACCCCUCUGCCAUCAGACCAGGCAAAGCUCAGAUUCCUGUAGAGAUUGGGCAUUUCUCAGAGACUUCUUCAAAUACGGUCAUUUUGAAUGACAAUUCUACAGUCAAUGUUUCUGCUCCUGGGUAUCCAACUUUGGAGUUGUAG